CAACAACAAACUCGCCCACUUCGGAAACCAACCAACCUUAGACAAAAAAGCAGCUGCCAUACUAAACAUUUCAGCCCCCACUAACAAAUCGUAUGAAGCAAUAAUCAAGCGAUAUGAAAUGCUGGCUCGAGACAACAAUUGGGCAAACCAGGACGGAUUCACAAUAUCUCUAACAGCCUUCUACGGUCUUACAUGUCUCGGCGAACUUCUACCAAGCAACCAAGCUGACGGCAACAAGGUCUAG